UAUGUGGUAAAUUCACGGUUAUCUCUUGCUGCUAGUUUUGGAUUUCAAUUCGGUAAAAUGCGAUGUUUUUGACGCUCGCCUGGUUUUCUUCAAAGUAUGAAAGACAGACACAUUGGAUGAGGAGGGAUAUUUUGUGCUGAACAUCGUAAGUGUCCCCAGUUUAUUGGAAGGAUGGAAACUCUGAUCCCCACCAUCAACCGGCUGCAGGAGGUCUUUCUCACAGUGGGCGCAGAGAUUAUACAGCUGCCUCAGAUAGUCGUGGUUGGAUCUCAGAGCAGUGGAAAGAGCUCUGUGUUGGAGAGCCUGGUUGGACGGGAUUUCUUGCCUCGGGGAUCGGGAAUAGUCACAAGACGACCCCUGGUGUUGCAGCUCGUUAAUGUUGCCCCUCUGCAGGAGAGACUGAAGAUUGAGAAUGGAAAUGGGGUAAAACAAAAUGCCCAAAACAGCUACCCAGGUGUCAAAGCUGAAGAAUGGGGUACAUUCCUGCACUGCAAGAAUCAGAUCUUCACAGAUUUUCAGGAAAUCCGUCGGGAAAUUGAAGCAGAGACUGAACGCAGUUCAGGCGACAACAAGGGAAUCAGUCCAGAGCCCAUGUAUUUGAAGAUUUUCUCACCCAAAGUCCUUAAUCUGACUCUGGUUGAUUUACCUGGAAUUACUAAGGUUCCUGUUGGGGACCAGCCAGAGGACAUUGAGGCUCAAGUGCAAGAGAUGAUCUUGUCCUUCAUCUCCAAUCCAAACUCCCUCAUCCUCUCAGUGUCCCCUGCCAAUUCUGACUUGGCCACCUCUGAUGCACUGAAAUUGGCACGUGAGGUUGAUCCAGAUGGUCGUCGAACACUGCUGGUGGUCAGUAAGCUGGACCUGAUGGAUGCAGGGACAGAUGCUCUGGAGGUCCUUUUGGGUCGAGUCAUCCCAGUCAGGCUAGGGAUUAUUGGGGUGGUUAACAGGAGCCAGCAUGACAUCAAUACCCAGAAGAGCCUGGAGGACUCAAUGAAGGAUGAGCAGGCCUUCCUGCAGCGCCACUACCCCUCGCUCGCCUCCCGUGCCGGCUCACACUAUCUGGCCAAAACUCUCAGCAGACUUCUCAUGCACCACAUCCGGGAUUGCCUGCCAGAUCUCAAAACCCGAGUGACCGUGUUGAGUGCCCAGUACCAGGCAAGGCUCAAUAGCUAUGGGCAGCCAGUAGAGGACCACAGCGCCACCUUGCUGCAGAUUGUCACCAAGUUCGCCAGUGAUUACUGCAACACCAUUGAAGGAACAGCCAGAUACAUCCAAACCUCAGAGCUCUGUGGGGGUGCUCGGAUCUGUUACAUAUUCCAUGAGACCUUUGGACGCACUUUGCAAUCCAUCGACCCCCUCGGGGGACUGACUGAGCUCGAUAUCCUCACUGCCAUCCGCAAUGCUACGGGUCCACGGCCAGCGCUUUUUGUGCCCGAGGUGUCCUUUGAGUUGCUGGUGAAGCGGCAAAUUAAGCGGCUGGAGGAGCCCAGCCUUCGCUGUGUAGAGCUCGUUCAUGAAGAGCUGCAGAGGAUCAUCCAGCACUGUUCCUCCUUCAGCACACAGGAGCUUCUGCGAUUUCCCAAACUGCAUGACUCCAUUGUGGAAGUAGUGACUGGAUUACUGAGGAAGCGCUUACCAAUUACUAAUGAAAUGGUACACAGUUUAAUAGCAAUAGAGCUCGCCUACAUCAACACAAAGCAUCCAGACUUCACAGACGCUGCGCAGGUCUCAGCAUCUGUCAACAGUCAGCAGGCAGAGGCCCUUGAUGGAGGGAAGCGCUGGAAGAACGAGAAGGUUGCGGAAGAAAAAGUCCCGCCUGCAGGCUUUGGCAGCCCCAGCAAAGGCCAGGCCAUUAACCUCCUUGACACAGCAGUGCCCGCAUCCCGCAAGCUGAGUGCGAGAGAGCAGAGGGACUGUGAGGUCAUCCAGCGUCUCAUCAAGUGCUACUUCCUCAUUGUCCGCAAAAGCAUCCAAGACAGUGUGCCCAAGACUGUGAUGCACUUCCUGGUGAACUUUGUGAAAGAGCAUCUGCAGAGUGAGCUGGUUGGUCAGCUUUAUAAACAGCCACUGCUGCAGGAGCUGCUCAUUGAGUCACAGGACACGGCACAGCAGCGGACCGAGGUUGCUCAAAUGCUUGAGGCUCUCAAAAAAGCCAGUAACAUCAUCUCUGAGAUCCGGGAGACUCAUCUGUGGUAGCCAGAGGACACGAACAAAUUCCCUUGUCAUAGAACAGCUUUGAGAGUAUGAGAGUGUAUGUGAGUUUACAGCACAGAAAGUCUGUUUGUGUGUGUGUGUGUGUGUGUGUGUGUGUGUGUGUGUGUGUGUGUGUGUGUGUGUGUGUGUGUGCUUGCGUGUGUGUGUGUAUGUGUGUCUGUAAAUGUGUGGCAGUACCACUCUUUUCUCAUGGACCAAUGACCAUAGCACAUAUAGAUUUAAAACAGUACACUGGGGCUGUUGCUUUUCACUGUGAACGUUGUGUAGUGAUGGAAAUUCAUUCAACACUCAGGCUGAAAGUGUUAUUGCAAAGGUGAACUAUGAAAGACACAGCCGCGAACAAAAUGUUUAUGCAUCAUUUUGUGUUGAAAAGUUUGUUGGGUCGUACGAUUGAUGCUGUAAAUGUAAAAUGUAAAUUAUAUAUGGAGUAUUUAAGUUGUUCUCUGGGGUGUUUUUUGGAUCUAUAUGUCUUCACACUGUACAAUUUCACACUUUCCAAAACCUGGGCUUCUUCCGAGCCCCUUCAACAGGUGCUAAAAACUAUGUUAGAUCAGGCGUUCCAACUUUAAUCCCCUUUAUUGGAUCCCUCGCCAGAGAUUGAAAUUAAGUGGAAAGCCAACUCAGCCAAUGCUGAUUGCAGUGCAACACUGCACCAUGGUUAUUUGCAGAAAUUACAGGAUGAAUGCAGGUUGUUUUUCCAGCUCUGCAGUGAAAAUCAAUAUUAGGUUUAUUUUUCAGCGUUACAUUUACAUAUCAGCCCAUUUAUAAUGUUUGCUGUUCAUGUGAGGAUUUUAGGAGCCUCCCACGUAGAGGCAGACAGCUAUAGUAUGUAGUGUAUAUAUACUAUGGUAUGAGUGAAUUCUUAAAAUGUUUUUUUUUUUUAAAUGUCAGGAGAUAAUGUAAAAAGGGUAGAUGGUAUGAUUUAAAUGUUUCCAUAAGCUUGUUCCACAUUACUGACCCGCUCCAUACAUACAGACCAACUGCCUGCAGGAAAGAGAGACUCAACACGCUUAUACCCGCAGCAUGAAUUUAUUUGCAAACUGUGAACUUACAUCUCAAGUUAGGCAGAACCAUUUCAUUGUGUAAUAUUGCUUGGUAUGUGUAAAAUUAUUCAUCUUUUUAUCUUUUUCCAUCUGCUGAUUCUAAUGUAGGUUGAUGUUCAGGUAGAUUCUUCCCCAAAUAUAUCAAUCAUUUCCAUUAGCCAAAACAAAUAGUUCUAAAAAUGAGGUUUUUCAGGAAGACCUGCUUUAACAGCGCCAUCAAACAGUAACUCUGACUUCUUCUGUGUCUUCUUCUUCCAGACAGCCUGUCUUUCUGAAAAGCCUUUGCAAGUUUGCAUGUGUGUGUUCAGUAUGCACGUGUGGCUGUAUGAAUGAAUGGUUUGUGUAUAUCAUGGACUAUUUAAAUGUAUAUUGUUAUCAUGUUUCAACUGCCUCUGAGUUCUUGCCUGCCAAUAUUUGUGAUACAUGUUUACUGAAUGAAGUCUGUUCUGAUUGGAGGGACUUAUUAAACCUUAACAAAGGA